AAGUGGAAGUGGUGUGCUGUGUGUGAGCGGAUGAAUGAAAAUUGUUCGUCUGUUUUGUGGGGAUUUUUCCUGUUAUUAUUGGAACGAAGAAAAACAACUCUUUUAUUGAUUUGUUCGAAAAUCUAAAUUUAAGCAUAGUUUAAUGGUUGAAAAUAGUUGCUAAACAGAGGCUCAAGUAUGGUGAAUUAAGCUGAACGCUUUUGUGGAUCGAUGAGGGAUCGAAAUUGAUCGCUUUUGAUGAUGAUGAAUUUGGUCAAAAUUGGAAUCUACGUUCUACCGAUCCAAUUUGUGCGUGAGAAAAUCACUCAAUCGUGAAGGGGGAUUCCAUUUAUCGAAUCUGCUGUUAUCAGAAGUGAAAUCGAAUUGAUUCGCUAACAAGUGGUUUUCAAGUUCGCCCUAAGGUCGUUCGACGGGCCAUUUUUGGAAAGCUCAAAGUGAGAAGAGGAAAAAGGGUAUCACAAAUAACAAAAAAAAAUCCCUUCGCUAGCUAACUAAACCGAGGAGGAAAAAGGCAAUGAACAUCGAACUUAAUCGACUGAGAACAUUUUCAAGCUGGGAACACGCAGAAUGGGCCAUCGGGAAUCAGUUCGAAGUGCUAGCCAAGGCCGGAUUCUACGCGACCGAGCAAUCCCUCACGGUUCGGUGCCACUUCUGCGGGGUCAUCGUGUUCCUCGGGAACUCUUCCGAUAAUAUCGAAGAAAAGCAUCGGGAACUGAGCCCAAACUGUGACUUUCUGCUGCACCCGGAACGCACGGAUAACGUACAAAACUACAGCGCGACGGAACUGAAACGGGAAGAAUGUCGCUUGGCAACGUUCGCAAAUUGGCCGGUGACUUACGUGACUCCGGCAGCGUUGGCCAAAGCUGGUUUCUACUUUACCUUCAAUGCUGAUCAGGUCAAAUGUGCCUGGUGCGAAGGUAUCAUCGGCCAGUGGGAAAUCGGCGAUGACCCUUUUACGGAACAUAAGAAAUUUUUCCCAAAUUGUGAGAAAGUUAUUGCCAAUAACAUAAGCCCAAAUCCUAUCUUGGAUGCAAGUAUCGGAAUACAGCCGGUAAAACCACCCCACAAUGCACAGUUUAGCUCCCUAGAUUCGAGGAUUAGAUCUUUCGAAACGUGGACAAUGGGGCAUAUCCAGAACCCGGAGAAUUUGGCUCAUGCUGGCUUUUAUUAUUUAGGAAGGGCUGACGAGGUUCACUGCUUCUACUGUGAUGGAGGGCUACGGUUUUGGCUGGCAGAUGAUGAUCCCUGGUUCGAGCAUGCUCGGUGCUUUCCAAAGUGCCAGUUUGUCCAGCUGGUCAAAGGUCAACUUUUCAUAGAAAACGUACAAAAACAGAUUAACGAUGGCAGCAGCGGCAGCAAUCAGCAGCAGCAACACUUACAAGUUUCGGGUCAAGUUUCUAAUGUGAUAACCUUGGAUGAGGCUCUUUCAACGGAACCGGUUCAGCUAGCUCUUUCAAUGGGACUUAACGCCGGUCGUAUCCGUGCAGUUACCAAAAGACAACUGGAAACUACAGGACGACCGUUUACGGACUCACAAGUCCUCAUCGAAGCUGUUUUGGAUGGUCAAAUUCAAGACGAGGAGCUAGAGCCCACAACUUCCUCUCGUAUGGAUCGACGCAUCGAAAACGAAGUGUCUCGACUCUUGUGGAAUGCAAUCUCAUCUUCAGCUAAUCCCAACAUGUCAUCUUUCCAAUCCACCUUUCCUACCGACAUAGAUACGACCCCCGAAUCACCUCCAGCUGAAGAUGCAACAGAUCAAACACCUUCCAACUCAGAGAGUAAUUUCCUAGCAACUACAACAUCUCGUAGAUUAGUAGAGGAUUCUCGACCCUCAGAACAUAAAACCAUCGUACCUGAUCCAUCGGCAACAAAACCUGCCGACGGACGCCAGACCAGUGGCACCGGGGAGCUCAAUGAUACUCUGCGACUUGCGGAAGAAAACAAACGAUUAAAAGACGCACGUGAAUGUAAAAUUUGUAUGUCCGACGAAGUGGGUGUCGUGUUUUGCCCAUGCGGUCAUCUUGUUUCCUGCGUUCAAUGUGCGCCGGCCGUUUCCAGCUGCCCAGUUUGUCGUGCGGCCAUCAAGGGACGUGUUCGAACUUUCCUAUCCUAAGCCCGAGCUGACGAACCUCUCAUUUGGUUGGUAUAUGUUCACAUCUGGUGAAAGGAUUUUUGCGCACCGGUUUAUCAAAACACAUGGAUCGUGUACCAGGAUUGAAAAAAAAACAGUGUUAAGCACUUCAUCACCCCGGCAUUACGUGUACAAUUGAUAUAUCUAUUUAAAAUCAACAAAAAAAAGUAUGGAAAGCGUAAUCUAAAAAUAAGAAAUUUAUUUAUCGUUAGUUCAAGGUACCUAGAUAACAAAAAAAAAAGAUAAUCCAGGAUCGAUAGUUUCUUUCAAAAGCUAGUUUGAAUAAGUUUGAUGUAGAAAAGGAGUAUAGUUUUAGGCGACUAAGUCGUUGUAGAUUCGAGGACAAAAAAAAUGCAACCGUUUUAUUGAUUGAACAGAGUACCCCCUAGUAGUUAGAAAGAAGGCAAACACAUUUUCUUUUCCUGUGACUGUGCUGUUUGAAUAGUAUUAAAACACUAUUGAUGGCUGAAAUGCGAAUACAAUAAACAAUUGUAAAACUAUUA